UUAGUCCGCUCUACACCAAGUCUUUUGAGUCGGAGCGCCGAUGAGCGACUUUAGCCGCAUCACGAUGGGCGAUCCAGCGCCGCGCCGCAGCUUCCAGCACGGGCAGUCGCGGCGCGUCGUCGAAGUGUCGUUCAACGAGUACCACAUGCGCAAGAAUGAAAUCUUGACCAAGAUCCACAACCGACUCCUCUGGCUCUCCUUAGCCGCGAUCCUCUUUGGCACGAUCGAGCUCGUGCUCUACCUCAUUAUUAAGUACAAACUGCUCGAGAGCAACGUGUUGUACCGAAAACCGUGCCUCGGCGUGCCUCUCUACUCGAUCUACAUGGUGUACUGGGCCGCCUGCGCGGUCGUGAGUGCGCACGGCCUCCACCUCUACAACGGGUGGCGCAAACAGCUCGAGUGCGGCACGAACGCCGUCAUGCACUGCCGCGUCUUUGAGAUUUUGAGCGCGGCGUGGACCGGCAUCGCGUUCUGGCUUCUCGUGAGCAAAUUCGUUGUCUUUGGCGUCCUCGACCUCAGCGUGCUUGGCGCGAACGCCCAAAACAUCGAGUACGCGGUCGCGACGGGAACUGUCUCGGUGCAUUUGAUUGUCUGUCCGUGGCUCCUCCGCACGGUCCACUCGAAAACGACCCAGAUCGACGACCUUUUUGCGUCUGAGUUUUUGGGCAAAACCAGAAUCAAGCACGUGGACGUGGCUCCUAUGGUCGACCGGCUCGACGACAUUGCAUCCGCGCCCCCCCGCAACGACUCCGACUCCGACGACCAUGGUGAGGAAAAAGCCGACGAGAGCCCUUCGGAGCACGCGUCGAGCGAAGACGCAGCGGUCGAAGCGACAUCGUUCGCCCUCGAUACGAAGCGGAGUAUGAAGAAGGCGGUGUUUUGGGACCUCUGGAAGUCCGUCGACGUGGCGGGGUCGUUCUCGUGCAACUUUAAAAACACGCCGUCGGUGGCCGCGAUCAAGGCGCACGUGACCAAGCACGGGUUCCACGUCGCGUCGCAAAACGAGUCGAAAGACGUGCUGGAAGUCUACUUGUACGCUCACGCACUUGGCGCCGAGACGCCGUUCGUCGCCGAAUUCGUCUUUGUGUACUCGCGCCAAUUCUUCCAGUCGACGUUCAAGUGCAGAGACAAGAUCGCCGCGGCCGAGUUUGUCAAGCACUUUCAGCUACAAGAGCUCAUGGAAACAUAUGACGACUAA